AUGCAUCAAUUGUUUUUCAUCGUGGUACUCCUCUUCAUUGGAAUGCACCAUACAACAGCUUUACAGUGUUACUCCUGCUCUUAUGAUAUACCCAGCUGCAAUGACCCGUUUAACAGCAGUGCCACCGGAGUGACUACAGUAUCGUCUAACACUUCGUGUUGGAAAAUCAAGGGAUUUUCUAUGGGUAUGACUGUAGCAGUCAGAGGUACUGGUAAUUCUGGUAAUGAUACAAUCGACUGUACAAAUAAUGGCUGUAACGCUAGGACGCAGGCAUCAAUCACAGCUAUACUUUGCUGCUGUAAUACUGACUUUUGCAACACGGCAAUGUCGAUGAACAUGAAUAUUGCAAUCGUUCUUGCUGCCAUUAUCCUCACUCGUCUUCAGCAUUAA